GGGGGCAUUUGUAAUUAUGAGUGAAUCCAAAACAAGGUUUUUUCCUUCCGCAGCCCCCCCGCCCGGCUGUGGGGCCCAGCCACUGCACUUCACCGGAUGCCGUCUGGUUGGUCCUCAGGACUGAUACAGACCAGGACCCCAGGGCCAGCCCUUGCCAGGCUCCUAUGCUUCCAGGAGCGCGGGUGGGUGGUCCUGCUGCCUGGCCGGCCAUCCUCCUGGGGUCGGUCUCUGGCCGAUCCUCCCUCCUCUCAAGCCCUGCACAGCCCGGCCAGGCAGGUGCAUCUCGUUUGGCUGCUGAGGAGCCGGGGGUUCAGGGAAAUUAAGGAACGUGCCCAGGGACCCGGGGCCAGCCCGUGGGGACGCUGGGAUUGGAGCCCAAGUCCCAGGUUCGCCGCGCGGCUCUCGACUUCCUCUCCUUUCCCCCAGGGGCGAGCUCUGCGACCGCAGAGAGGUGGGGUCGAUCUCCCUGCGACCCCAGGGGGCCCGCGAGGCCAGUGCGCGGGCAGGAGCGGGGACGUGCUCAGAAGAGCCGGGCGCCGCCGCGCCCGCCCGCCCCCCGGCUCCAGCGCCCCCCGUCCCCCGGCUCCCGGCUCCGCGCGCCCCCCGCCGCCCCCGGGGCCCUGCUACCCCCGACCCGUCCCCACCCGCCGGCCGCCCCCAUGGCCCGGCUGGGCGCGCUGCUCCUGGCCGCCGCCCUGGGUGCGCUGCUCAGCUUCGCGCUCCUGGCCGCCGCGGUCGCCAGCGACUACUGGUACAUCCUGGAGGUGGCGGACGCCGGCAAUGGCAGCGCCUGGCCCGGGCGCGCAGAGCUGCUCUCCUCGCACUCGGGGCUCUGGCGCAUCUGCGAAGGGCAGAACGGCUGCAUCCCGCUGGUCGACCCUUUCGCCAGUGAGAGCCUGGACGUCUCCACCUCGGUGCAGCACCUCAUCUCACUGCUUCCACUGCCCCUGCGUUUCCCAGAGGACGUUUCCAUGCAGACCUGUCCCAGUGCUGUGCUGCUGUCCCUAACCACAGUGCUGCACCGUGCAGUCAUGGUGGUCCUGCCCCUGAGCCUGGUCCUUCUCGUGUGCGGCUGGAUCUGCGGCCUGCUCAGCUCCCUGGCCCAGAGCGUGUCUCUGCUGCUUUUCACCGGCUGCUACUUCCUGCUGGGGACACAGGCUGAGACUGUAACCGGUAACCACCCAUCCACUAAUGCGGCUCCAGCUCCGACUACAUGCCGAGUGCUGGCCAAGUGCUCCUCCGAAGGCUCCUCCGAGGGCCCCCCAGUCCCAGCUGCAGGCCACAUGAGAACAGCAGUGAAGUCAAGGUCUCCUCUAGACAAUGAAAUCAGGAAGAAUCCAAAUUACCUGACCCUGCAGCCCAUCUGUGUCCUGACACUGGCGGGGGUCAGCAUCUACAUCAGCUACUCGCACCUGGCCUUUGCGGAGACGGCGUGGCAGUAUGGCCCGCAGCACAUGCAGGGCGUCCGCGUCAGCUUCGGCUGGUCCAUGGCCCUGGCCUGGGGCUCCUGUGCCUUGGAGGCAUUCAGCGGAACCCUCCUGCUCUCAGCUGCCCAGACCCUCAGCCUGAGCCCCCCACUCUGUGGUCAUCUGAGUCCCCAGCAGGUGGGAGGGAGGUAAGAGGGGGCUGGGUUUCCCUUUGCACCUCCCGGGAUUGGGCGGUCAGGGCCAGGGCCCCUUGAGAGUCUGGGAAUCCCUUCUCUGGGCCUGGCUGGGGUCCUGGCCAGGAAGGGGCUGGGGGUGACAAGGGGUGGAGGGCAGAGCCAAGAAUCCAGCUCCUCAUGUUUCUCCGUAGAUAUCUGGGGAGGCUCCCCUGCCCCGGCAGGCUUGUUAGGGACUAAGUGGUUCAACCGCCUCUUAGAGAUGAGAACAGCCAGUCCAGAAAGAGGAAGUAAGUGGCCCAGGUGACACAGGCUGAGUGGCAGAGUUGGGUGGGGGCACCUCUCAAGGGUGUGGCCUGAACUCGCCCCUCCCCCAGCAGGCUAGUGAGCCACUGCUGCCCCCAUUCCUAAGGACCUGGGAGAAAAGUAGGUGCCUGUUAAAUGCCGCAGGGCUGGGCUCCAUGCUCCUCUCCAGUCCCGCAAUGGCCCUACUCAAUGACUACCCUUUAUCCAUUUUACAGAGGGGGAGACUGAGGCCCAGAGCGGUAGAGGGACCCACCCAGAUCGCCUGGCGCCAGAGAGGUGCCGUCUCAGGCCAAGGCCUCCCUGGCCUCUGUUCUGUCCACUCUCCCCGAAGGGCAGGCUUGGUGGAGAAGAGGCUGAUGAGAGGGCCCGAGAGCCCCCUCCGAUUUGCAGGGGUGAGAGGCGAGGAGCUGA